AUGGCAAAUGAAGAAGAUGACCCAAUUAUACAGGAGGUAAAUAGAUACAUGUCUUCCAUUUGCAUUGGCUUCAGGACAGAUUAAAGAGCAUUGUAUGUGUAAGGGUAUCAGGGGGUUGCUGGAGAGCAAUCAGGCAAAUGCCUCCCUGGUCGGCUGUAAAGCCUUGUUAUUGGUGCCAAAAAAAACCUUCACCAUCCAGAGCGCCACUAUUCCGUGGCUGGCUCAUUCACUGGCAGAAUCUGAGAGUGGGCGUUCCUUAAACCUUCCCCAGCAGAAUAGUUUCUUGACGCCCAGUCUGCGCUUCACCUCUCUGCGCGGAAGCCUACUGCGCAGGGAGGGCGUGGGUAACGGAGGACCUCUCUCCUCCCCGCUUUGCUCAGGCAAGGUGCCCUGGCACCGCCUCGCCUCCCCCGAGCCCUGCAGCUCCUCUCCUCUGAAGGCGUGGUUACUCUCCUCCGCUGAGAAGGUGCUGCUUCCCACGAUCUUUGGGGGCUCUCUCUAAUCCAUCCGGCUUUUCCCCUCUCACCCCUGAGCUGAUGGCAGUUCCCUGACAGUAUGUUUUGGGGUUUUCAGCUUUGUGGUGGUUUUGGCCAUGGAAAUCGGUGGCGAGUAAUCGGUUCAGGUUGGGCUCCAUGAUGAAGCACUCUAAAUAUGGUGCUGAGCCUGAGGGGCUGCCAAAGGGGGUUGUAUCGUUCUUGGGGAUGAUUUUGUAAACUUCUGUGUGCUAAAUAUAAUGUCACAUGCCUUUUUUUUAACCCCCUCCUCCUUUUGUUAGAUUGAUGUGUACCUGGCCAAAAGUCUGUCAGAGAAGCUGUAUCUGUUCCAGGUAUGUUAGUUGUCGAAUUAACCUCUUUAAAGGGGAAAUGAACUAAAGCAGGGGGCAAGGAAUCUGUUCUCCUUCAGAUCUUAGACUUCGGCCAGGGCUGCCUCAUUGGGGGGCAGAGGCAGUGGUGUCUUCCAGCAACAGCAGUGCUGGAUUUGCUAGGAUGGAGAGAGGUGAGGCAGCAGCGUUGAAGUCAGGGGAGCUUCAGGGCAGUGGCUCCACAGGUGCGCAGACAUCUGUGGGAGCCCCUGUGACAACCUGGAGCUUCCCCAAGCUUCCUGUGACUUUACCUGACCUCCACUUACCCCCACACAGUGAGUCACUCCUGACUCCCAACCCUUGUCACUUCAAACCAAGCAUGGCCAAGUGAUCAGAGUCGAGUUGUCAUUCAACAUCUGGAGAGUGAGAGAUACAGGUGGGGUCCGGGCAGCAAGACCAAAUACUCCCAACUAAAGAUAUAAAGGCUAGUUUCUAACAGUGAGGAGAAGGGUGCCAGCACAUCUCAAAUCCUACAAAUAUAUAGGGUUGUACCCAUUGUGGCUGUUGUGCUCACUCAACAGGACUUCUCCCUCUGCUCAUCUUCCCUGCAGGCAAAAUUUGCUCCAGAAGGUCAGGGGGAACCCCCAAAACGAAAUUAGCGAGAGAAUGGGGAAGCCCCCUUAUGAAGCAUUGGAUUUCAGCUGGAAAUCAGGGUUCACUGGGAGGAGGCUGCAUCUUCUCACCCCCCCCCAUGUGAAUGCCCCCAGUGACAGGUUUCCCCCAUUCUUGCACCAAAAGUGGUGGUUUGUUUUAGCCUUAACAGUAACAACAUCUUUGUGUUUUCAUAGUAUCCCGUUCGCCCAGCUUCGAUGACGUAUGAUGACGUAACUCAUCUUUCGGCAAAGAUAAAACCAAAGCAGCAAAAGGUUUGGGCCUAUUCUCUUUUUUGGGAAAAAGUUGUUUAAUAACCAAAUCGAGCUGUUUUCAAAAGGUUAUGGCUUAGUCGAACCACUGCAGUCACCGUACCAGACCUAGGACAGCCGGGGUGGGGCAUCACUGGGUAAGGCUGGGGGCAUUCUUUAUCCUCAACCCUUGGUAGGCUGCUGCCAGUAAAUGGAGACUGUGUUGGGCUAGAUGUACAAAGUAGUCUGGCUAUUUAUUUCAUAUUCCAUAGAAUUUGUAUAACUCUUGGUCAUAGGAAAAAACCUCAAAGUGAUCUACGAAAGGAUAAAGCAAUAAAAUGAUCACUAAAAUAUUUACAGUGAUAAUGAAGAGCACAAUAAACCACAGGUAAAGGUAAAGGGACCCCUGACCAUUAGGUCCAGUCGUGACCGACUCUGGGGUUGCGGCGCUCAUCUUGCUUUAUUGGCUGAGGGAGCCGGUGUACAGCUUCCAGGUCAUGUGGCCAGCAUGACUAAGCCACUUCUGGCGAACCAGAGCAGCGCACGGAAAUGCCGUUUACCUUCCCGCUGGAGUGAUACCUAUUUAUCUACUUGCACUUUGACGUGCUUUCAAACUGCUAGGUUGGCAGGAGCAGGGGCCGAGCAACGGGAGCUCACCCCAUCACGGGGAUUCGAACUGCCAACCUUCUGAUCGGCAAGUCCUAGGCUCUGUCGUUUAACCCACAGCGCCACCCGCGUCCCCUAAACGACAGUAGAAUAGACUUAAAACAAAUUAAAACUCAUACAAACUUUUUAAGCACCUGAGAAGGGUUGUCUAAAUAGGAAUGGAUUCAGCAGGCGCCGGAAAUAAUACAGUGACGGCGCCUGUCUGGUAUCAAUAAGGGAGUUCCAAAGUGUCGGUGCUGCCACACUAAACAACUGAGUUGCUGCAGAGGCAGUGAGAGCACUUGCAGAGGAAGAGGCGUGUGGGGGGGAGCGCACCGCAGCACGAUCCUGGUGGGGUGCCAUUGCGGCUGCCCCCCUGCCUACGCUGGGCGCCACGCCCCCAGGAUGCAUGCCAGCCCCGCCCCCCGGUGCCAGAGCAUGAAGCUCCGCCACUGAGUGAGAGUAUUAUGUGGCACCUGUAAAUGUGCCAGUUCCACCGAUCGAAGCUGUCAACCAUUCCGAUCAGGCUUGUUUUCCAGACCCUUGAUCAUCUUGGUUGCCCUCCUCUGCACACAUUCCAGCUUGCCAACAUCCUUCCUAAAUUGUGGUGCCCAGAAUUGGACAUAGUAUUCCAGGUGUGGUCUGACCAGGGCAGAAUAGAGCGGUACACUUAACGUAUUUUUCCGUCUAUAAAACGCCCCCUAUUUUGGGGAACUCAGAUUUAAGAAAAUGGGAGGAGAUGGCCCCAUGUAUAAGACACCCCCUAAUUUUUGACAUUUUUAAGGUAAAAAAACCUAGUCUUAUACAUGGAAAAAUACGGUACUUCCGUUGAAGUGGACACUAUACUUCGGUUGAUGCAGCCUAGAAUAGCAUUAGCUUUUGUAUGUUGUCGCUCUUGAAAACCUAAUGCAUUUUUUUAAAAAAAAAGAUUUAAACACUUUUUUUUCCUUUUCCUUUUUUUUUUAAAAAAAGAUCCCUCACUCCUAAUACAGGCUAACAGUUACUGUUACAGAUUUUAAUCAGUCACUUUGUGUUUUGGUUCAUCUUUCCCUAAUUAUUAUAUUCUCCUUAUUAAUUGUCAAUGUACUGUUGAUCUACUGGUGCUUAGGUUGAGCUGGAAAUGGCCAUUGACACUUUGAACCCCAAUUACUGCCGCAGCAAAGGAGAGCAGAUUGCGCUCAACGUCGAUGGCACGUGUACAGAUGAAACCAGCACGUAUUCCUCGUAAGUACCGUUUUUGCUAUAGAUCGAGGAGCUGGGUUUUGACUCCACUAUUUCUUGGCCAGCAGAGUGAGGCAGUGGAGAUGUGCUGGGCCUGUAACCGAGACCCCAAAGCCCUAAAGCGUCCAUCGCUGGCAUCUCCUAGGAGAGACUCCUUGUCUGCAAAACCUGGGCACCAGCUGCAUGCCAGUGUUGGUGAUAUUGAGGUAGAUGAACCCCUGGGUCUGGCUUUUGGCAUAAAGCUGCUUCCUGAAUAUAAGAUCCUGAGCGUUCUGCGGGACGGCAGAGGAUCUGCUUUGCAGGUGCAAUCCCUGGUGCCUCCAGAGAAGGCCGUGGAGAGCUCCUGCCUGAAACCCUGGAGAGUGGCUGCCAGUCAGAGUAAACAACACUGAGCUGUAUGGACCAAUGGCCUGACCCAUACUAAGGCUGAUUUCCGUGUUAAAAUCAAAAUAUGCAUAUAGCCUGAAAGCUGAGCAAUGGAGCAAUUUGUUUUGCAGCUGCUCAACCUGUGGCUCUUUUAUCACGUGUAAAAAGAUACGUCUGGGUUCUUUCCCUCUUCUGAACACAGAGCAUCCUUCCACCCAUUCUACACAUCAUUGUUUUCUCUAGUAGAGUUGCUUUCAAUUAUCAUCCUCUACUUGAAUCUUUGGAUCCAAACUUAAUUACUUAAACGUAGGUCUCUCUUUCUCCUCCUCUUCCCUUUUCUCCCUCUGUCUUGGAGUGCAUUUCCAUAGCAGACAUACUGGUUUAGCAGCCACCCCUCUUCCCUAAAGAACUCUUUUUAUUGUUUGUGUAUGUGUAUGUGUGGUAGAGAUCUCAAAACAGCAGCUGGCAUUGACAACCCCCCAGCUUUCCAGGGUGGAGAAGCCAGGUUUAGCUAUAAAGAUCUUGAUUGUGUCUGCUCUCUCUUAUCCCCGAACUUGACUUCAUAUUCUGGUUUGAAGUCGGGAAUAUAAACCACAGUUUCCUGGUUCAAGUUUCAAUGUAAACAAUGGAUUGAGAAACUCAGGAAGCAUCGAAUUGCGAUACUCGGGGAGAAAGUUCAUGGGCCCAAUGCUCAUUCCCAAUCUGAAAGACCAUGGCUAAUCGGUUAUGUCAGAGCUUUCCAAACUUUUCAUGUCAGUGACACACUUUUUAGGUGUGCAUCAUUUUGCGACACAGUAGUUCAGUGUCGCGUCAUUUCACGACACAGUUAAUUCAGUUUUACUAGCAAACUAACCCCUUUCCAGCCCCGGGAGGAGUAUGGGGAGUAUUCACAUGACACAGCUACACAUUGCAGCCAUCACACUAAAUGUGUGGCGACACACAGUUUGGAAAGCUCUGAGUUAUGUAAUUUACAGGUUGUUAACAUCUGAACUGGGACUUUGAUUACAAUCCUGUUUGGGGGCAAACUCUGCAGGCUUUACUUCUGAGCAGACAUGCAGUGCAUAACUAGAAUGUAUACAUUUGUACUGUGGACAUUUCCCCUGUUUUUCCUUAAAAAGCAGUGAAUGAGGUCUGAUGCUGGGCUGUGACCUGCUAGUAGAAUACUACUGCUCUGGUAGAUAUAAUUGAGGUAACUUCCUGUCCUUGCAGGAAGAUGAUGGACAAGCAAACAUUCUCCUCCUCACAGACGACCAGUAACAUAUCGCGAUAUGCUGCUGCAAUCUACAGAAAAGGUUACUUUUUAAAUUUAGCUUUUAUUAAGUAUUUUCUUGUGUAACAAACAAGCAAAGAAAUAAAAGUAGAAAAGGUGACACUUGAAAUCUCAAGACUUGUACCAAUUUUGGUAGAAGGGAUGGGGAACCUGUGGCCUUCCAAGUGGUUUGUUGGACUCAAAUGCUAUUAGCUUCAGCCAAUCAGACCAUAUUGGGAGUUUGCCAGUGAGCUUCCAGCCCCAAUUCAAGGUGUUUGUACUAGCAUGCAAAGCCCUACAUGCCUUGGGAUCCUAGUAUUUAAAAGAGCUCAUUCCUCAGUAUCAACCAUCUUGAUACUACAGUUAGCAGGUGAGGCCUUGUUGGUGGUGGCACUAUUGGUUGACCUGUGGCAGGGCUUUUUCUGUGGUGGCUCCCCAAUCGUGGAAUGCCCUCCCUAGUGAGGUGCAUCUGCCUACAUCCUUAUUAGCUUUCAGGAGGUAUUUGAGAAUCUUCCUGUUGAUGCAGGCAUUGGGUGGCUGAAGUAUAUUGUUCCUGGCAAAUCCAAGAUCACUGGAUGUUUUUAACUAUGACUGCUUUUAUUUUAUUUUUAAAAGAUUUUUAUUGGUUUGGCAUAUGCUUUUAGAAUCUUUUAAAACUGUAAUUGUUCUUAGAAUGUUUACGGUUUUUGUUUUUCAGUUGUGAAUCUGCCCUUGUCUCCUUUUAGGAAGAAGGGUGUCAUAUGAACAAACAAAUUUACUAAAUAAUUGAAAUAAAGAAAUGCACUAAGUAAAUACUAGUCCAGAUGCCCUCGAAAGGCCACAGAUUCCUCAUGAUUCCUUUAACAAUUCAAAUACUUGAGCACUCGUGUGUGUGUGUGUGUGUGUGUGUGUGUGUGUGUGUAUAUAUGUGGAUUUUAAAAAUGUGAUUCUGUUAAUGAGAUGAUUGGCGACAAUAUUUCCAUCAUCCUGCUUGCGUGCUCAGGGGCGUGGCUCUGCCUGCUUGUUUCUUUCCCGAAAAGUGAAAAUGGCUGUGAAAAUGCCCAUCUUUUUCCUCCAGGUGAGCUCCACCUUACGCCUCUCCAUGGAAUCCUGCAAAUGAGGCCGAGUUUCACCUACUUGGACAAAGCAGAUGCCAAAUACAGAGAGCGAGAAGCUGCUAAUGAGCGUGAGUGACUUGCUAGGCUUUCUCUGUCCACUGGCUAGUCAUAGACUAUGGGCCUUUCUCAGCGGUGGCUGCCAGCCUAGAUGGCUUUGAAAGGAGGAUCAGAAAAAUUCGUGGAGGAGAGAGAGGGCUUGUCGACAGUUACUAGCCAUGUUGGCUGUUCCUCCUCCACAGUCGGGUGGCAGCUGUGCUUCUGAAUACCAGUUGCUGGAAGCUGCAGGGGCGGAGGGUGCUGUGUUCGAAUCCUGCUUGUAGGUUUCCCCGCAACGAGUCGAAUAGUUGGCCCCUGGGAGAACAGGAUGCUGGACCAAAUGGGCCAUUGGUCUGAUACAGCAGGCUCCUCUUUUAGGGUGCAAACGGCUACAGUCUUGGACGGCUCCAAAAGUGUGUUUGUGGAGGAUCAUCCCAUCAAGGGAAAACUCAGUGAUGAAUAUAUAUUGCACACAGAGCUGGAAGCUAUAUACGAAAGAACAAAUUGUCAUUAUCAUUUUUAUUAACAUUUAUACUGUGUCCUUUCUCUCAGAGGAGGGUGGGUGGCUAUUGCUUUUGUUAUUAUUAUUAUUAUUAUUAUUAUUAUUAAUUAUUUGUACCCCGCUCAUCUGGCUGGGUUUCCCCAGCCACUCUGGGCAGCUUCCAACAAAGAUUAAAAAUACAUUAAAAUGUCACACAUUAAAAACUUCCCUGAACAGGGCUGCCUUCAAAUGUCUUCUAAAUGUUAGGUAGUUGUUUUCCCUUUGACAACUGAUGGGAGGGCGUUUCCCCAGGGCGGGUGCCAAUACCGAGAAGGCCCUCUGCCUGGUUCCCUGUAGCUUUGCUUCUCACAGUGAAGGAACCACCAGAAGGCCCUCGGAGCUGGACCUCAGCGUCCGGGCAGAACAAUGGGGAUGGAGACGCUCCUUCAGGUAUACUGCUUUUGUUCUGCUUUUGAAUCUCCCAGAAACAGCAAAUUGAUCCCUAUAGGGAAGCAAAAACGCUAGAUUAGAUAGGCCUGUGGUCUGAUCCAAGAUCUUAUAUCAGGGGUGGGUAUCUUCAGACUCGGGGGCCAGUUGCGGCGCUGUAUGCCUCUAUACCUGGCUCCUGGGAUUCUCCCCAGGCCUCAGCCCUCGCAUGCCCCUGCUUCGAACCCCCAAGCAUAUUUUUCUGGUUGGGACAUACUCUGGCUUGUUGGGGUGGAUGUGGAUGUGAGGAGGGAUGUGUGAAUGUGUGUUGCCUACUGUGUACCAAAGUCAACAUUUACAUUUGCUGCUUUGCCCCUUCUUGGCCUCUGAUCCUUCCCACCACCAGCAUGUGGCCCUCAGGAGCCCAUUCAGAAUGGAACGCGGUCCUCAUCUGUCGUGAGGUUCCCCUGGCAACUCCAGAAAAUGUAAUGGCAUCUGUCUUGGAGAUCGCACAUCCCUGCCUGGAGAAAUGUUGGCUGUCAAGGCAUUUUAGUAGUGAUUUUCACGCUCCCUUCCCCCUUGUUAACAGCUGGCGAUUCUUCCCAGGAUGAAGCAGAAGAAGACGUCAAGCAGAUCACGGUAGGCCCAAACUCCCUGUUUAGCAGCACUUCAGAAUCUGUAGCCUAGGAAUGUAUGCAGGAAGCUGCUUUGUACCAGCUUGGACUAUUUGUUUAUCUAACCCAGUAAUGCCUUGUCUGACUGGCAGCUUCUUUAACAGGAGAAGCUGGGGGCUGAACCUGCGACAUUCUGCCACAGAGCUAAGGCCUCUGUCUCCUUAAACUCCCUGUGUUUCUUUAACCAAGAGUGUCAAAACUACAACUCUUCCAGAUAUAAGGAACGUAGGAACCUGCCUUAUGCCAUGUCAGCCCAUUGGUUCAUCAAGCUUAGUAGUGCCUACACUGACUACAACUCCCAUAAUCCCUGGCCCUUCAGCCAUACUGUCUGGGACCGAGUCCACUAUUGACUGGAGGCUACAGCUUCCUUGCUUUAAGGCUGUGCUUCUCAAAGUUGGGUCUCCUAGCUGUUGUUGGACUACAACUCCCAUCAUCCCAAGCUAGCAGGACCAGUGGUCAGGGAUGAUGGGAGUUGUAGUCCAACAACAGCUAGGAGACCCAACUUUGAGAAACGCUGCUAAGAAAUGCAGUUGGCGGGGGGCAUUAAACCCAACCUUUCGAACCUAUUUCCUGGAUUAGUUGAGUCUCAUCUUCCCUUUACUAUCAGUCGCAUCCCUUUUUCUAACUUCCUGGCCUGCCACAAGUCGUCUUCUGCCUCUUCCUUCGCCAUCUUGAGUAUGCUAGGACAGUGUCCUUCUAGACCAGCCUUUCUCAACCUGUGGGUCCCCAUAUGUUGUUGAACUACAACUCCCACCACCCCUAGCUAGCAAGGCCAGAGCUCAGUGAUGAUGAGAGUUGUAGUCCAACAACAUCUGGGUGCCCACAGGUUGAGAACCGCUGUUCUAGACAAUGUUCUUCAGCACCAUCCCCAGAUGUUGUUGGACUAUGACUCCCAUCAUCCACAGCAAUUGUAGCCAACAGCCAGGGAUCUUGGAAGUUGUCCCAACAGCACUUGCGGACGCAACGUUGAAGAACGCUGGUCUAGGAAACCUCCUUGGGCUCCUCCCCUCCAGCUGUGUGCUUCCUAACAUGUGCAUGCCCACAUACAUGCACAGAGAGACAUCUCCAUCCCCUCUGCUUCCUUAUCCUCUCCACACUCAAGCAUAUAGUCCUGUAUCUCUGGGCGUCACCGCUUCAGACAAGGAAGCGAGGGAUCUCAUAAUGCUUCUCAGUGCCUUUCACCCUGCACAUAGAAAACUUGGUGUGAUGCCUCGGUCUGCAUAAAAGGACUGUGAAAGAAUCUGGAAAUAAUUCAUAGGUGAGAACAGCGUAGGAAAGUAGAGGCAAGUCGCGUCAAUAUCAGCCAUGAGGAACGCUUUUCCUUCCAGAAAACAGGAGUAAUAACAGGUGGAGCUGUGAAAAAGUGCAAGCAGUGGCUCCGGCCGCAGCUGCAUUGCCAGUAAUUUUGGUUGGCGCUCUUAUUUUUUUAAUUGUUUGUUCUUUAUUGAAGAAUAAAAAUGACAGAAUUACAAGUGCACAGAGUAAGAGAAGACACAAAGAAGAAGAAGAAACAAGAAAUAGUGCCCAUGUAGAAAACAAAACAGAAUGAAAAAGAAAAAAUAUAUUGUGUACAUUACAAAAAUGGGGGGGAAUUGCUAUUGUAGUUAACCAGACCUCAUGGUAUUUAUGAAAAUGAAUUUCAAAUAUUGUUUAAAGUCAUGUUGAUUGUCUCUAUCACCUUCUGCCAGAAUUUUUUCAAUGUAGGACAUUGUACAAAUACAGUGGUACCUCGGGUUAAGUAUUUAAUUCGUUCCGGAGGUCCAUUCUUAACCUGAAACUGUUCUUAACCUGAAGCACCACUUUAGCUAAUGGGGCCUCCUGCUGCCACCGCACGAUUUCUGUUCUCAUCCUGAAGCAAAGUUCUUAACCUGAAGCACUAUUUCUGGGUUAGCAGAGUCUGUAACCUGAAGCGUAUGUAACCCGAGGUACCACUGUAAAUGUUUUAGGGAAGAAUUAUCCCAGUUGCAGCUAGAUGUCUUAGAGAUACUUUCAAAAACAAGCUUUCUGGCUUCAGUACAUUUUUAAUUCCUUGCGUACCACUGUGGACUCAGAGAGGAUUUCCAUACAUGGGAUUGGGGCUUUGACUAGGUUUCUUCUGACUGACAUUUUUGGCGCUUGAAUCCUGUGGCUAAUUGUGGGGAAAUGACACCUUUUCCAGGUGAGGUUUUCCCGCCCCGAGUCGGAACAGGCCCGGCAACGUCGGGUUCAGUCCUACGAGUUCCUGCAGAAGAGGCAGGCGGAGGAGCACUGGGCUCACUUGCAUUACUACGGUUUAAAGGUAGGCGUUUAGGCACAUCUACUUGUGUUUCUGCUGCAAAAGUGGAUAUGCUAAAUACGCUUGAGUGUUUGCACAGUGAGUUUUACAUUUUACACUGCCCCCUUUGCAAUAAACAGAGAGCUGCAGUUGCAUGCAGACGGGUCUCUGGCCUCGAUUGAUUGAAGGCCGCUGGACUAGACUAACUCUCAGGGUCCCUGUGAUACUAGCAGCCUGUUCCUGUGAAAGUUUACUUCUCUAUAUGGGGCAGCUGCAUAUUCCUGCGUUGCAGAGGGUUGGACUAGAUGACUCUCAGGCUCCCUUCCAACUCUGUGAUUAUGUUGUCUUUUCGGCACCCGCUAAAGAUGUCCUCCUUUCAACAAACCACCUAAGGUCUUUAUCCAAGAUGGUAUCUGUCUCAGACUUGAGCUGGUUUUACAUAGGCGCUGUCGUCAUUUUAAAUUGUUUUUAUAUAUGCAAGUGUUUUAGCUGCUUUUAUUUAUUUUUUCCCAGUUCUAAAUUUAUUUAUUUAUUCAAAGAUGUAUAAAAAUACACAUCCAUUGCAAAGUAUAUGUAUUUUUUAUAAUAUGCUGAGAUAAAACAGCUACUUAGUCUAAAAGGGAACAAAGUCAGAAGGAGGAAAAGUCAAGGAAAGUUUAAAGCUAAAGAAAGAGAAAGCGAGAGAAAAGGAAAAGAGAGAAAAAAACUAAAGAAAAAGAAGAAUGUUAUACUGUAACUGUUUUAUGUUGUGACAUGGAUUGCUUCAAGAUGGGAAGCCAUUAAUAAGUGAAAUAAAUAUAAAAAUAGUGCGUAUUUUUGAAUACAUUAGAGAUUAGUUCCAAGUAAGCCUAAGUAAUACUUGUACAGUGUUUUUUCCCCUCUCCCCCUUUUUAUACUCCCUUUUGGUGGUGAUUUGGGGAGAGGGGACUGAAGACUGGAUGGCCAGGGCAGUGCUUCUCACGCUAUAUUAUGUGAUGGACUGACAUUCUCCCCCGCUCCCCCACAAUUGUGCCAAGGGACCAGUUCACUUGGUAGACCAUGAGACUCUUAAUCUCUGGGUUGCGGGUUUGAGCCCCACGUUGGGCAAAACCAUUCCUGCAUUGCAGGGGCUUGGACUAUAUUACCCUCCCUUCCAGCUCUACAGUUCUAUGAUUUCCAUGAUCUUUGAAACAUUCCACCAAACCUGGACCGCGGUGGAGUUACUGCAACCAAAAGCCGGUGGCUCAAGGACCAGCACUGGAGUAAGAGUUGUGUGACACAGGAAGUGUCCAUAUACUUCUGGUUUUCUCAGUGCAUCCAACAGGACUUGAAAUUUGUAGGGGAUGUGGGGGAAAGCUUUGCUUUCAAAACCCUUACAAGUCGUAUCUUACAGCAAUUUGAGGGGAAUGCCAGCUAUUCUGUUUCAUAUUAUACGGGAGAAAUGUGCAGAUUAAGCCCAGUGGGGAUCUGAGCCGCUGUUCACAGAGUAGCCCUUAAGCCUCUAAGCAUUGCUUGGAAUCUGUACCCCAUCAUGAAUCUUGGGCUUCUAACCCCUUCUUUCCUAGGACAGCCGUUCCGAACACGAGCGCCAGUAUUUGUUUAGUCAAGGUCAUGGCAUGGCUGGGAACACGGAAUUAAUUAAAUCUCCAAGGUAAAGGUCUUUCUUUUAAUUCCUCAAAUUGUUUCGUUGGGGGCAAUUCUGAAGUCGGGGGCUCACAAGCGCACUUUUAAUGCAUUUUUUAUUAGCAUGGGAAAUGGCAUGCUUACAGUCGCCCCCCCCCCCCCCCCCGGCUUGCAUUUAGUAAAUUCCAGGCCUGACAAAAAGCUUGUAUACGUAGACUUUCUGCCAGCUUUUCCACCUCUGCAAAGUUAAAUGGCCAAUUCACAAUGCCUUGGGCCUCAUUCUGCCACUGCUACCGUCUCCCCAGAUGAUGUUUGCUGCUGUUGCUUUCUCACAGCUGUUCCCCUAGGCCUCAAAUGCGUUGUGCUGGCAGGUUUCGUAUUCCUUGUGUGUGGGAAGGCAAAAUGGGAGAUGAGUUUCUUUUUUAAAAAAUGUGUUUUUAUUAAAGGUUUUCUUGAUUUACAAAGGUAUGUGCAAUGUCUCUCGGGAGACGAGUUUCUGAAUGAAGAUUCCCUAGACUCGGGGGGUGGGGCGGAGGGGCUAGUCAACCUGGCGCCCUUCAGAUAUUUCUGACCACAAUUCCCAUCAGCCCUCAACAUCGAUCACCCCAGCAAGGGAUCAUGGGAGUUGUUGUCCAGGCCGCCAUGUUGGCUAUCCCUUCUCUAGGCAAGCAAUGUGACCUACUCUUUCUCUUUCCCGCAGUGAGUACUUGAUGAUGCUGGUGCCUCCGAGUGUGGAAGAUGAAAAGUAAGUAAGCCAAGGGCCACAUUCUGUUCUGACCCAUCUUCCAGGGGCCGCAUGCCAGUAGAGGGCAGGGCCUGGGGCAAAAGUGGGUGGGGCAGCAAAUGUAAAUUUUGCCUUGUGCAAGUGCCUGCUUUCUACCCAGGCAUUCUUCACAUCCAGGGGAGCAAGAGGCAUUGGAGUUUUCAGGGACACUUUCUAGGCAGGAGGGACACGGGUGGUGCUGUGGGUUAAACCACAGAGCCUAAAACUUGCCGAUCAGAAGGUCUGCAGUUCAAAUCCCCGUGACGGGGUGAGCUCCCGUUCCUCAGUCCCUGCUCCUGCCCACCUAGCAGUUCAAAAGCACGUCAAAGUGCAAGUAGAUAAAUAGGUACCGCACUGGCGGGAAGGUAAAUGGCGUUUCCGUGUGCUGCUCUGGUACGCCAGAAGCGGCUUAGUGAUGCUGGCCACAUGACCCGGAAGCUGUACACCGGCUCUCUCGGCCAAUAAAGCGAGAUGAGCGCUGCAACCCCAGAGUCGGUCACAACUGAACCUAAUGGUCAGGGGUCCCUUUACCUUUACCUUCUAGGCAGGCAAAACAAAUCAAACAAAGGGGGCAUUUUCUGUGAAGCUGACCUGUUCCCAUUUGUAAUAACCAUGGUCACAUCUCCUGCUCCCAUGUCCCGUCCCCCCCAAUCUGUGCUGAUUGGUUUCUCCCAAGCCAAUAUGGUGUAGUUGUUAAGAGUGGGGGACCAGGGUUCAAGUCCCCACUUGGCCAUGCAGCUAACCGGGUAACCUGUAACCAAUUGCUCAGCAUCACCUACUUUGCAGGGUUGUUGCGAGGGUAGAAAGGGAAGGGGGAGAGCCACGUAUGUCGCCUUGCGCUCCUUGGAGUAUAAAUGAAAUAAAACUCUUGCUGAAAUGGGGAGGGCAGCUUUCCAUAAAUCGCCAAACCUCAGUUCUCUGUGGUGGUUUCCCAAAUGGUACCUUUCUUUCCUUACGUAGGGACAAGCCUGUAGCCCCAAGUAAUGUGCUUUCCAUGGCUCAGCUGAGGACUCUGCCCCUUGCGGACCAGAUCAAGAUCUUGAUGAGAAACGGUAUGCUGUUCGACAUUACGCAACUCACACAGCCUCUGUGAACUCUUUUGACUUCCUGUGUUACCAGCCUCUCCUGCUCCCGUUUCCUGGAUAAUGGAUACAGCCUGCCAUAUUAAACAGGGAGACACCGGGCCCCACCUGAAAUACAUAUUUAAAGCAGUAUCUUGCCGCUAGAAGCAGUCAUGGCUCCCCUCCCACAGCAAAGGAUCUUGGGAACUGUAGUUUGUUAAGGGUCUGAGAGUUGCUAGGAGACUCCUAUUGUCCUGACAGAGCUAGAAUUCCCAUUCCUCUUCCCAGGAAUUGUUGCUCCGUGAAGGGGAAUAAGGGUCUCCCAACAACUCUCAGCAUUCUUGACAAACUACAGCUCCCAGCAUUCAUUGGGGGAAGCUCAGGCAGUAAGAGCAUGAGACUCUUCUCAGGGCUGUGGGUUUGAGCCCCAUGCCGGGCAAAAGAUUUCUGCAUUACCUGGGGUUCUUUCAACUCUUCAGGUAUAUGAUUCUAGGAUGGUUUAAAGUGGUAUGAUGAUGCUUUAAAUGUACUAGGGCAGAUGGGCCGUAUUUCACUGCUUGCAAUUAUUUGCGCUCUUAUCCUAUGAACGUUUAACUUCAACCAGAGAUUGGAAAGCCUGCAGACAUCCAGAUAAUUGCUAGACUCCAGCUCCCAUCAGCCCCAGCUGGUAUGGCCAAGGACAAUGGGAUUUGCAGUCCAGCAACGUCUAGAAGGCCACCGGGACUCCAUCCUUGACUUAGGUAUUUGAAUCUCUAAGGAGUAUUUGCAUUUUCUGCUUUCCCCCCUUCUGCAGUGAAGGUCAUCGCUUUUGCAAACCUGAUGAGCCUCUUGGCUUCUGGGACGGAUCCUACGGCAGCCUUGCGGUGCAUACAGCAGGUGGCGCUGUUGGUGCAGGGAAACUGGGUUGUGAAAAGGUAAAAAUGCCUUUUGUUCUUCAGGGACUCACCCCUUGCAAAGAACGCCAGUCCAUUGUUCAAAUUACGGCAGCUCUUAUUCUUGUUGUUGCUGCUUUUUUUACAGUGAUAUAAACACAAUAGCACACAAUGCAAAGCAUGACAGUUUGUUAAUGCGAGACAAGGGUGUAUUGCCUGUGUGCCCAUUGCAUAUUUUCAAGCUGACUCCUUGUUGGAUACAAACCAACUCCUUGCGGGAUCCUAAACAGUGACUCCUGGCACCCAAAGAUCUCAGGGAUCAGGCAGGGAUAUAAGCAGUCAGGUGACCCUUGAAGUAUCCUGGACCAAAGUUGUUAAUGGCCUUGUAAGUGAAUGCAGGAAUCUUGGAACCUCAUGCAAGAGUUGUGCAGUUGUAUAAGUUCAGAAUUCUCCUUGGGAGUUUCUGAUCAGAGGGAACCGCUUGUACGUAGACCUGUAGAACCACUGUUUCUUCCUCCUCCUCCUUUUCUUUUAAAAUUUAGUUUUGAAGUUAUUUACUACACCGUCAUUGUACACACCUGCAUUGCACACACCUUUCUGGUUCUUUCAAAACCCUGCCAAAUAGAAACCGGUCGUGUCACAUGCAGUUCUAUGUAGCUUUCACUAUUGUGAAAUUCUUUCCAACUUUAAUAUAUACAAAGCGUUUUGGUUUCUCCUUGGAAUCCCUUUAGCUGGUGGCUUGCAAUCCCAGGCAACGUUUCAGGGUGCCAUUGGAUGGGUGCCUGGAAUCUCUGUACAUGUAUUAUUAUUCGGUCGCACUGUGGUGUCCUGCGGCUAAUAAAUGGUUUGUCUUCAACAGCGAUGUCCUCUAUCCAAAAGAUACCUCCAGCCCGCACAGUGGAGUCCCGGCGGAAGUGCUCUGCAGAGGAAGGGAUUUUGUUGUGAGUAUUAAAAAAUAAAAACAAGGAAGUCAAAUAUUCCUUUCGCUGCAACAGCAUUGCAAAGAAGUUUAGGAAAUCUGUUUGCCCACUUAAACAUUGAUCUUCUCAAGUCCAGAAACCCUUGAAAGCCACUCAACACAAAAUUUGUGUUCUCUACCAACCCUGCCCUUGGGGAGGGUGUUGUUUUGUUUUUUAAGUGUUCAGAAGCAUUGGGGGAGUGGGCCGGGGUUUGUUGGUCCCUCUCAGACCUCCAUACAAGGCUGACUCUUGUCCAACUUUCACUCGGCACUUUGGCAGGUGCUCACCAGAUUGAAAUGUGUGUUUGCACACCUGUGGGCUCCUGCUUGUGUUAAUCAUUUGAGGUUUAAAAAGUGGAGGGGGGAAGAGCUUAGGAUGGAACCCAACACAGCAAGGCCAUUGUUCUGUCAGCACAAGGAUUUCUGCUUGUUCAACAGAACAUUUGCCCGCUCUCUCCUGUUGGUGUGUCCCCUUCAAUCUAUCUGUCCAAGGAUUUCCCCCAACCCUCUGGAGCGGCAUUGGGUGGGAGGAAGGUGUCUUGUUGCGUAAGAGGAAAUCCUUAAAUUGGUGGGACUGCUUAGUAGAAUAAUGCCCUUUUCCUUAACCGUUUUUUGCCCAGAGGAGGCCUUUACUUCCUUCCAGACUGGAGAUUCAGUACAUCAGGUUCAACAGCAGUUCCCUCAUAUUAACUGUUGUGCUUUUUUUUAAGAUUGUGGCUGUAUUCACACUGGAGAACGGCCUCUUUUUAAUACGAUGGUGUCCUUCUCUCCCUUUCCCAGAUGUGGAAGUUUACACAAGACCGCUGGGUAGUUCGGAAGGAAGUAGCGACAGUUACAAAAGUGAGUUCCUUUUAUAAUUAUUUUGCUUCGUCCAGGACACUCAUCUUGGUUCAACCUUCUGUUUUCAAUCCAGCGCUUUGAUAACUUCUUUCAAACCGUUCAGUAUAUGGUGAGCCUCCUGCCCCACAGCAGAGUGGCGAAAGGGGCCUACAGUUUUAUAGGGGAGAGCUAUAAAGAAUUGGGCCUUGCUGAUCUCCCCCUAUGGUGUAGCCUCCUAAAGGUAGAGGCCCAAUGUGCUUCCCUUCAGCUCUCCAGUCCAAGGACAAAGCUGUUCUCUGGGUCUUGAACCUCCUUGCCAAGCCAUCUCCCCCCAAAAAGGAACAAAAAAAAAUUCCACAUUUUCUGCAAAUAAAAUUUGCAGCCGUGACAAAUCACACUGAUCACGCACGCUUGUUGCUAAAACGUUUUGUCAUGCACUCUCACGUACGCAACGUUGUUGUUAUUAUUUUUAAAUCAUCAGGCAUAGGCAAACUCGGCCCUCCAGAUGUUUUGGGACUACAAUUCCCAUCAUCCCUGACCACUGGUCCUGUUAGCUAGGGAUCAUGGGAGUUGUAGUCCGAAAACAUCUGGAGGGCCGAGUUUGCCUAUGCCUGAUUCAAAACAAUCCGCUGCAUCUUUUGGUACAUUAACUUCGCUGCUGCCGGUAAAUAUCCAGGUAAUGGUUUAAAAGGAACAGUCGGGUUUUCCCCUUGCAAUGAAUUCAACAGGGCUAGCUCACUUGACAUUUGUAGGCACUCAUUUUGCAGAUCUCUAUAAAGGUGGACUCCCAAAAUAUGGAGGAGUCUUUGUCAUGUCCCCACCACAGGAGUGCAGGAAGGGUCCCUUAAUUUUGCAUGCACACACCACAAUGCCACGGGGUAGGAAUCGGAUUAAUAUGUAUGAGGCUUAGAGGAGCAUGUUUCUACUUCUGAAUAGUUUCCAGUGCAUUUUCGUUAUUUAUUUAAUUUUUAUUGGAAUUUUAUUUACAACAUAACACAACCCCCAACCCCAAUACACUGAUCAACCCUUAUUAAACGUGAACAUAACAUACAGUGGACAUAACAUACGACAAUACAAACAACCAAAUAAAAGACUCCCUUUAUCCUGUAUCUGGCCUCCUUAUUUACUUCUUAUAAACUGUUUCCUUUAUGAAUAAUUAUUAAGAUUUUUCUAACUAUAACUUAAAUAUCCACAAAGUCUCCUGCAUUUUCUUUAAAUGAAGCGGCAAUUGCUUUGUAGGGGAAUUUUGCCUUUCCAUUUGUAUAUGCGCUAGUUUUACGCCCUAAGCAUAGGGAUUGCACAGGCAAGUUGGAGCUGGUUUAUCUAUCGGACUUAAUGCCUUCUCUGAGUUUCGGCUUCUUGGAGGUGCAGUUUAGCCUCCCAUGUUUUUCUUGCGGGGCCACACCCUGGCGCUUUGUGUGGCCACCGAUCUCAUUUAAAAAGGGUUUUGGUUUCUCCUAAGCAGCUGGUUAUAUAUAUCUAUUGCUUUGUUUGUGCAGCUUGGCCCAGAAGAUGUGAAAGAUUUCUUGGAGCACAUGUCUUUCCUGAGGAUAAACAAGGGCUGGGAAUUCAAGCUCCGUUAUGACGAGGAUUUUGUCCAGAAGCACCCAGAUGUGGUCCAGAGGCAGCAGAUGCUCUGGAUGGGCAUUCAGGCCAAGUAAAUGGUUUGCUUUUCCUUGGGGGCGGGAACAAAGCCGAGAUGGGAAAGAAAAAAACGUUGGUUUCUCCCUUGCAUCUUCACGCUACCUGUUGCAGUACAGUUACGUAAAUGGAGGCCGGUUGCUUAGACGGAUUUAAGGGUUUAUUUUCUGGAUCCUAUUACAUACGCCUGCUUGGGCCCGAUCUUAUUUACAGCACAUGGUGCCAGCAAAAAACCUCAGGAACUUGUAAGACCAUCUGCGCACACCUCAAGUUACAUUCAGAGAUUCAUAGUGUUAAUGCCAAAAGAGAAUAGGCCAAAUUGCACAUGGCAUUAACACUAUGAAUCUCUGAAUUGGAAAGAUCGGUCCAGUAUACCUGAAGGAGCGUCUCCACCCCCAUCGUUCUGCCCGGACACUGAGGUCCAGCUCCGAGGGCCUUCUGGUGGUUCCCUCACUGCGAGAAGCUAAGUUACAGGGAACCAGGCAGAGGGCCUUCUCGGUAGUGGCACCCACCCUGUGGAACGCCCUCCCACCAGAUGUCAAAGAGAACAACAACUACCACACUUUUAGAAGACAUCUGAAGGCAGUCCUGUUUAGGGAAGCUUUUAAUGUUUAACAGACCAGUGUAUUUUAAUACUUUGUUGGAAGCCGCCCAGAGUGGCUGGGGAAAUAUUAUUAUUAUUAUUAUUAUUAUUAUUUGCUGAGCAACACAGCUGGGUUGGCCAGACUUUCUGUGACAUCACAGCAGCUAAGCCAGUGGCAACUCCAAGAGCCAUGGCACUUUCACCUUACCAAACCCCAUUGGUGAACAUUCUGAGCAGAAUAAACAAGUGGUAUUAGGAGAAGCAGGGACGCGGGUGGCGCUGUGGGUUAAACCACAGAGCCUAGGACUUGCCGAUCAGAAGGUCGGCGGUUCGAAUCCCUGCGACGGGGUGAGCUCCCGUUCCUCAGUCCCUGCUCCUGCCCACCUAGCAGUACGAAAGCACAUCAAAGUGCAAGUAGAUAAAUAGGUACCGCUCUGGCGGGAAGGUAAAUGGCGUUUCCGUGCACUGCUCUGGUUUGCCAGAAGCGGCUUAGUCAUGCUGGCCACAUGACCCGGAAGCUGUACGCCGGCUCCCUCGGCCAAUAAAGCGAAAUGAGCGCCACAACCCCAGAGUCGGCCACGACUGGACCUAAUGGUCAGGGGUCCCUUUACCUUUAUUAGGAGAAGCAAGACAGGCAGAGAUGUCGAGCCUUGCAAGACCUCAAGGACCGUCCCCCCCCCCCCCCGGAACCAACCUGGAACCUGUGUUUGUUGUUUGAGGCUCUCUUCUCCAUGCUCCCCUCCAAGGGAGUUGGGGAGUGUGGCAACAUGAGGACAGGGCCUUUCCAGUGGUGGCUUCCUCCUUGUGGAAUGCUCUCCUGCGGAAGGCAAGCCGGGCACCAUCCCUCCUAUAUUUUUAAGUGCCGGACAAAAACAUGUAUUUUCACUAAUGCUUUGUGGUCCUUAAUUAGGAGGGCGUUAGGUAUACCUGUGUCCUCCCCCCCCUUUUUACUGGGGUGGUUUGUGUUAGACCCACCUUUUUAUAUACAUUACGGAUGUGUUUUUAGAUUCUGUUUCAUUUUGGUUUUAAUGUUUGCACCGUUUUUCAAAUCACUUUUGGUAUCUUCCUGUGAAAAAAGUGGCUCUAAUAAACGCAAGAAACAUAAGCAGCAAUAACCAGGUUGGAUUCCAUGAAUACAGACGCUCGCCUUCCUUUCCACAUCAUUGCCAGUCUUCGCAGUUUGCAAAAUGUGGUGCCAGAGGUCUCUUUGGCUUCGUCGACCUGGUGGGCACCAGGUCAAUGCAGUCUGCUCUAGCACACCUUGGCUGUUCCCUUACUUGAAAGGCUACUACAUUUGCAAAGCUAAGCAGGGUCCGGUAUGGUGUCAAAUUGGAUGAGGGACCAUAUGUUGAUUCCUGCAUUACAGGGGGUUGGACUAGAUGGCCCUCGUGGUCCCUUCUGACGCUGUGAUUCUGGACUCCACUGCUGAGAAUGAUAGAAUUUUAGAGUUGGGAGGAGUCUUGACAUUCACCCAGUCCACUGUGCUGCUCGAGCAAGAAUCUGCCACAUUGCUGACAGAUGCUUAAAUACAGUGGUGCCUCGCAAGACGAAAUUAAUCCGUUCCGCGAGUCUCUUCGUCUUGCGGUUUUUUCGUCUUGCGAAGCACGGCUAUUAGCGGCUUAGCGGCUAUUAACGGCUUAGCGGCUUUAAGAAAAAGGAAACAAACUCGCAAGAACUCGCAAGACGUUUCGUCUUGCGAGGCAAGCCCAUAGGGAAAUUCGUCUUGCGGAACGACUCAAAAAACGCAAAACCCUUUCGUCUAGCGAGUUUUUCGUCUUGCGAGGAAUUCGUCUUGCGGGGCACCACUGUACCUCCAGCAGGAGAGAGCUGACCACCUCCUGUGGCAGACUCUUCCGCUGGCCGGCGGAUCUUACCGUGUUAAGAAAUCCCACCUAAUCUUGAGCUGCAAUCUGCUUCCCGGCAAUUUCCACCCAUUGACUCCAGACCUGCCCUCUAGAGCAACAGAAAACAAGUCUCCACCAACAUCUACAUGGCAAACCCUUUGGUUUUCUUUGCUCCAAGCUAAGCAACUCCUUCAGGCUGCAAAAGUAUGAUCGGUUUUUAAAUGCAUUCCUCCAUUUGUGUUCUCCCCCACAUAUAGAAAGCUAGCACAUCAGUGCUGGGCUUGAAACCUUUCUUCCUAGACCCGUUUUUGCAGGCUGAUGUGGUUCUGUGCAGGAAGGAACCUUGCUGUGUGGCUUGGCUAUAUGACACAACUCCAGAAAGAUGUAUUUCAUUGGGUGCUUGGCAUUUCCUGGAUUUUUCCUUAAACUGUAUGGCGGCGGGAUAAGUUGUUAAUGUUGAUGAUCUGGGUGUAGCUAUUCGCAAGGCACUGAAAUGCUCCUCCCACCCAAUUUCAGGUUGGAGAAAGUCUACAGCUUGGCCAAGGAACACGUAGCACCAAAGAAACAAGCUGCGCAAGCAGGUGAGCCAACUUGAUUGUUUUUAUUUUAUUGCAUUUAUAUCCCCACUUUUUCUCCCAAGGAGCUCAGGGUGGCGUCUCUGCUUCUCCACCCCCCUCAUGCAGUCUUCACAACAGUUCUGUUAGGUAGGAUAGGCUGAGAGUGAGUGACUGGCCUGUGGUCACCCAGUGAGCUUCAUGGCUGAGGGGGGAUUCGAACCCUGGUCUCCUAGGUCCCAGUCCAACCAUAAUGCCACACUGGGAACCAGAGGGUUUGAUCCAGAUUUUGUAGGUCGGUCGAUAAGUUCUGUGGACAUCUAAUGGUGAUACGCUCUGGUCCCCGUCCCCCCCACUUUUUUCCUUAACAUAAGGGCUAGGUGGUGUCUGGUUUUCAACAUCACAAUAUAUCACCAGCUCAAACAUUGCGAUAUAUCAAUAUAUCACCAGGUCUGAAAUAAGAAGGUGAACAUGGGCUUGAAUUCUCCAAAGGACCUUGUGUGUGUGUGUGGGUGAAUAUGAAUGAUUAAUUCUGUUUUUUAAAUCAAAUUUAUACCCCACCCUUCUAAACAAGUGAUAAAACAAUAAACAUAUUUUUUGGGGGGGGCGGGACCAAUCUAAAGAAGGCAUCUGAAAAAAUCCUAUAGAGAUCGAGACUGAGAAAGAUUUCAGCUUUAAAGGCUUGUUGAAAGAGGGAGGAUGCAAAAGAGACAGCGAGGACAGCUCCUGUCUAAUAUUCAAGGGGAGUGCUUUCUAAGGGGCAGGUGCCACCACACUAAAAGCCCAACGCCUGCAUUCUGUAGAGCAGACCUCCUGAUAAGGUGGCAUCUGCAGGAGGUCCUCACAUGUGCUCGAUUGGGUAUAUAAAGGGGUGAGGCAAUCUUUCAGAUACAGUGGUACCUUGGUUCUUGAACAGCUUAGUUGACAAACAAAUCGGCUCCCAAAUGCCGAAAACCUGGAAGUAAGUGUUUUCUAACGUUUUUCGGAAGCCCAACAUCCGAUGCGGCUGUCGGCUAUUGGUUCUGGGGCGCCUGCGCCAGUCAGAAGCCGCGCCUUGGUUUUGGAACGUUUUGGGAGUUGAACGGACUUCCGGAACGGAUUAAGUUUGAGAACCAAGCUUCCACCGUAUUAUGUUCCCAAGCUCUGUAGGGCUUUAUGCACCAGAACCAGCUGCUUGCACCAGCAGGACUCUACGUAUGUUGUAUGCUAGAAACUGACUCUUCUUCCACCAAUCCCUUCCCAGGUGUUUUCCUUGGUGUAAUCGAACUUGCUCCCUAGACACCCUACCUUGCUUUUCUUUCUCAGGAACUCUUGUGUGGUCUGCCUCCUUCUCACAUGUGCAAGGAUGGGGAACCUGUGGCUUUGCACAUGUUGUUGUCUUCCAUCUCCCAGCAGCCCCUGCCAACAUGGCCUAUGGUCAGGGAUGGUGGAUGAGAGCCAAGGAUUACUCAAACCACGGUUUACUCUCACACCCCUUCCGCUUGUUUUUUUGUAGCUGCCCCCUUGCUGGUUUCUGGAGAGCAGCGGGUCAGUCUGGCGAAAGCAAGAGUCAAGCAGACCUAUGGGCAGUUGGAGCAGGACUUCCAGAAGCUGAAAGCGGAGGGCAAAGCCAGCCAGGGCACUUGCCCGGUGGACAUACUUGGCGUCCGUAUAAAAGAGGAGCCCGUGAGCGAUGAGGAGCCUAUGGACACCUCUGUCUGCGACGGCCUCAAUAAUGGACUGGCCAACGGCAUCCAUUCGGAAGAGAACUCUGUGGACUCCGUGAACGGCCUCUUGCCGGUCCAAGAGAGAGUCACGCAAGAACUCAGAGCCUUUGUGGCGGCGACGUUUAAGAAACAGUAUGUGCUAACCCUGAACGAGCUCAAACGGUUAUUUAAUCUCCACGUGGCUAGUCUGCCUCCUGGGAAUCUCCUGUUCAGCGGCAUUUCUGACAAAAUGUUGCAGGACAUGGUGUUGGACAUGGGCUGCAAACAAAUUAUGGUGCCUGUAAGUGAUUUUUCUGCUCCUUUUUUUGUUUAUAAGUGCCUUUGCAGGUUGUGAGUGGCAGGUUCAUUUGAUGUGGCAGGGGGCUGGUGCAAGAGGUGGAGUCGUGGUAUUUCUGUCCAUUGGCUUGGCUGCUGUGAUGUCAUGGAGGUGCUAGGCAGCCAUGGUUUGGAAGGGCCCUCAUGAGACCUGGUAGCUGGAAUUCUACUUCUGUUUUAAUGUGCUGCUGAAAUAUUAUCUGCAGGCUUUUGGAUGCAGAUCUGUUGUGCAGUUCUAGAGCCUUUUAAUGCAAGCUAUUGGAGGGGCAAGACCUGGUGUUAGAGCAACUGUUUUGCAUGCAAAAGAUCCCAUGUACAGUCUCUGGUAUCUCCCUGUUUAAAAGGCUCAGUUGUUGUUGGCAUCUGUCUUGAGAGACAAUGGCGUGCACCUCUGGGGGUGAAGUCAAACCAUUAUGUUAUCAACACUAAAGUGACCUUCCUGGGGUGCACUCCCGGGCAGGUGGGUAUGGAGGUCCUGGGCUGCUCAUGCAACAAACCCUCCCUUUUGGCCUCACUGAUGUGGUCCAAAGGAAAGGUUUUUUUGCUCCAUAAGACACACUUUUUCCCUCCUAAAAAGUAAGGGGAAAUGUAUGCGUCUUAUGGAGCGAAUGCAGGCGGGAGACUCUGCUCAGCGCUCCCUUUCAUGAGCCGCGUGGAGCGUGUGUGCGGCUCUUGGGGGCUUUUCCCUGAGGUGGGAGAAGGGACUGACAGGCUGCCCUCUGUCCCUUCCCACACCUCCCGGAAAAGCCAGCAAGAGCCGCUGCCAGGCUCUGCUCAGUGCUCCCUUGUAAGGGCUCCCUUUCGUCCCUCAUCCCGCUUUGCUGGGAAGCCAGCCGAAGAAGAGGCGCUGCGCAGCUAUGGCUCUUGCUCUGCUGGCUUCGGCGAGAGCUGUGCAGCUUGCUCUGCUGGCUUCUCAGCGAAGCGGGAGGAGGGACGGAAGGGUUUAAAGCAAGAAAAGCGAGAGCCGCUUACAUGGUCUGCGCAGAAUAUUUUUUUUCUUGCUUUCCCCCUCUAAAAACUAGGUGCAUCUUAUGGUCAGGUGCAUCCUAUGGAGCGAAAAAUACGGUGCAUUUGGCGCCAGCUUGGCUGCAGGAGUUUCCGGAAGAAGGCAUACAAGGUGUCAUCCAACUAUCUCGGGGACUCCAUUCCGGAUUCGUGGAGGGUUUACUCCUUAGCCCUUUCUUCUCCCAAAAGUAUACCACAAAGCGGCGGAGGCUGAGGACCAGAGUUUUUUUUCUCCUAGUUAGGCAAAAACUCCAUAAAAUAGUUUUUAAAAUGGCUCAGAAAUCUCAAAAUCCUUCAAGCAUUAAGUCCUUUGAGGCCAGGGGCAGGGAACCUCUGGCCCACCAAAUGUUGGACUCCAAUUCCCCUCAGCCCAUCCAGCAUUGUCAGUACUUGGGGAUGAUGGUUGUUGUCGUCCAGUGAUAUCUGGGAGGCCAGCGGUUCCCCAGCCCUGCUUGAGGCAAAGACUGCUCAGAAUAGGUGAGUUCUGAAGGCCCACUCAACAUCCAUAUUGUAGCAGCCAUACGUAAUUCAGUUGGGGGGGAGUGCCAUAACAGAGGGGCCACGACUGAGAAUGCCCCGUCUCUCAUGACUGCCGCCCUAAGUGAUGUUUCUGAUGAGCACGGAAGCAGGGCCUCCAAAGUCAAAGGAUGCUGCUCUGUACAUAAACACUCUCUCCAUCAAAAACUAGCUUAAUAGCUUUUUUAAAUGGCCUAGUUUUUACAGAGGUGGCAAAUUCCAUGGGCUUACCCUUUCAGGCUGCAGGUGAGCUCUCAUACAAAGGAAUGCUUCUCCAUACCACCACCCCACACACGCAAAAUGCUUCCCUGAUAUGCUAGUUUUCUGUGUGCAGGGAAUGUUAAUUUAUUUAUUUAUUAAGGAGUAUUCCAGUAUCUGAGGUCCCCACAGACUUUUAAAUCCACCUUUGAAAAAGGCAGGUUUCUCCACUUUUUUACUUGCAUACCCAGUACUCCCUCCUGUACUUGCGUGUUGUCGUUUCGUUUGAUCUGUAAGGAAGAAGGCGGCGCCCGUGAUACAUAACUGCAGGUAGCUAACUGGAGUGGAACAAAUGCCAUCUUGUCACAAGGAAGGGUAGCUGAUUUGACUGUGUAUAUCUGUGUCUAUAACAGUAAUUUAAGGAAGUUACUUGUCUAGCUGGAAUAAAACGAUCAUGGCUUAAAGGCGCUGGCAUGUUGGAAGGGAGUGACUAUUUCAUCGGUCUUUGUUAGUCAGAGCUUUGAGGCGUAUGCCCUUUAAGCUGGGAGAGUUUUAUGAUGUUCCCUGUGAAUGAGAUUAAUGCUGUUGCCUCUGGAUCGCAAGGCACUUCCGCAGCCACAGAUGUGAUUAAAAAAAAAUCCCACUGAGUAAACUUUGAAGAAAGCCAGACUCUCUUCUCCGCAUGCAAAGCGACAAACAAGUAUUGACAGUUACAAGUAUUGAAAGUUGCCUCUUUUUCCAUGACCUCCAGGAGCAGGGCUUUUGGCAAGCUAAACCAUGGUUCUAAGAAACCAGCAAACCCUGGUUAUCACUAAGGUUUAAAAUGUUAUGUCUGCACAGGGCCCUUCUUGGACUAUUUUAAACCAGGAUAAAGGACUAGCACAUCCCUUUUAAAACAUAGGUUUCUGAUCUGCCACACUGUCCCUUUCCAAUCCUUAUAUCUCUGCAUGCUCUUUGCUCCUUGUGUUCUUUAUCUCUUUCCCUCUCUUAGGAUUGUGAGCUGCCUGGGCAGUGGGCAGGAUGGGCUUCACUUUGUUAAACAGCUCAUAUGUGUAAGGGACCGUAUAACCAUUGGAAUUGGAGAGGACAAGGUUUCAGUUAUCCCACUAAACCGUGUUUAAGGAAUGUCAUUUAUGGUUUACUGUGAUGUCACGUCAAGCUAGGGUUUUUUGUAGACCGCAAACCAGCGUCAGGAUUGUAUUAUUAUUUGUAUUAUUAUUAUUUAUACCCCAUCCAUCUGGCAGGGUUGCCCCAGUAACUUGGGCAGCUUCCAACAUAAUAUAAAAACACAACUAAACAUCAAGCAAUUAAUGCUAACCACGGUUUGGUGUGACUGCUGAGCCAUAGUUAUGGUUCCAACCCCUCUUCCUAGAGGUACCCACAUCCUAGAAAUGAGAGUGAAGGGAAAAUGGAAAGACACAAACUAUUCUAAACCACUGUUGUAUCUCAAACACUCCACAGAUAACACCAAAGGUUGGUUUGUGCUAACCAUAGUUUAGGUUCAAGCCAAAAGUGCAAACAAGUAACAGUUUGCAUGGUUUUCCCCCUUCCUCAAAAAAUCCCCACGUACUGUCCCAAGUAGUGGGCUUGGUGGAUGGAGCAAUGACCCAAACCAUGACUUGUUGCCUAAGAUGUAACUCCCAGUUACAGUUUACCCAAGCUCUUGUUUAUAAGAGCUUGCUCCACUUCCCAGCUUGGUGGCCACCUGCGUGCCAUAAUUAGUCAUGCAGUUUUGAUUCAUACAUUGCAGCAAGCCAUAGUUUGAUGUUGCACCUGAAUCGUCUUGGAGGCCUGAUUCAGGCCUCAUGCAAAUCUGUAAUGGUGGGGAAGCAGAUAAUGCACAGUUCCUGUUCCUAUCAGCCUCUGGGGGGGGGAUGAUUUGAAUUGUUGUCCCAAUAACAUCUGGAAGGCCACAGGUUCUGUGCCUGUCUGUUCUCCCCACCCGAGUUGGAAAGCUUCUUUUUAAGCAAACCAAAGUUCCCUGGGUCAUCUGAACCCCUGGAACUGUGGCUUGUUUAAAAUUGGAAGUGAAUUCUAGUCUCCUCUUGCUGGCAUGUGAAAGGGGAAGGGGAAGCCCAAAGCUUGCUGUGGCUUGUUUAACCUGUUCUAGGUUAAAAAUCUAGGAGUGAGGCACAGAAACCUAAAAUGAAAAGAAGAAACUUGUUCUGAAAAAUACCAACUAGGUGGAUUAACUACAGCUCCGCUGUGUUCCUUUAGGAGGAAUCUAAAACUUCCAAAUUAUGUAGGACAGAGUGAAGCAUCUUGCACAGUUAUUGCUGCCCAUCUUGGCACCAUUUGAGAUGGCUCCUGAAGAAAGGAACCCAGGGUCCAGAAGGCAUUGGGCUGUAAUAAAUCUCUGCAGAUGGCACUUCGAAGGAACAGCAUUCUUUCCUACUUGAAGCAAGCCAGUAUAUUUUGGCGCAGUGUCUGAAUUGAACCCAAACUGAGCUUGUUUCAAAUGCAGGAAGUGAGAGACAAAGGAAGUGGUGCAGUCGAGAGUGUGGUCCUUUCUUUUAGGAGACCGGCGAAUUAGAUUUAUCGCAUGUCUGCAAAACUGUUGCUAUGAAUGGUGUUUGUUUUUAACAAGUAGGGGUGGACUCCUUCAGAAAGGCAAUAAAACUGAUUCACAUCAUAGCAUACAACAGCUCUGGGCACUGCUUGGCCUGGAAACCCAUCUUUUUGCCAGUGCGCUGUUAAUAGGGAAUGAAUUCAUCUUCUCGUUGCCAUGAAAGCAGCUUUAAAUGUUUUAAGUGCGCAAAUUGCCGCUCCUAGUUCCUGGGUGUUUGAGCACGGGUGUAAUUCUGGGAGCUGUAGCUUCUUUAGAGUGCUUAGAGUUGAUAGGAGACCCCUGUUCCCUUUGCAGAACUACAAUUCUGAAGGCAGCCCUGUUUAGGGAAGUUUUUAAUGACUGAUGUUUUAAUGUAUUUUUAAUCUCCUGCUGGAAGCUGCCCAGAAUGGCUGGGGAAAUCCACCCAGAGGGCCGGGGUAUAAGUAAAUAAUAAUAAUAGCAAUAUUAGCAAUAAUUGUUAUUACAGUGGUACCUCAGGUUAAGUACUUAAUUCGUUCCGGAGGUCCGUACUUAACCUGAAACUGUUCUUAACCUGAAGCACCACUUUAGCUAAUGGGGCCUUCUGCUGCUGCCGCGCUGCUGAAGCACGAUUUCUGUUCUCAUCCUGAAGCAAAGUUCUUAACCUGAAGCAUUUCUGGGUUGGCGGAGUCUGUAACCUGAAGCAUAUGUAACCUGAGGUACCACUGUAUUGCUGCUAUUAUUAUUAUUAUGACAAUUCCCAGAAUGGUUUAAUCCCUCUUCACAAAAACUCCAAGAAUUGUACUUCUGUGAAGGGGAAUACAGACCUCAUAAGAACCCUUAAGAAACUACAGCACCCAAAAUUCUUUGUGGGAAGGCGUGACACACCCAGGUUGCAGGUUCAGUCCCCACAUGGGACAGCUGCAUAGUCCUGUAUUGCAGGAAUCAGACUUGGUGAUCCGCAGGGUCCCUUCCAACUCUACAAUUCUAUGAUUCUAUGGCUGUAUAAAGUGGUAUGAUACGGAUUUAAAUGCAGAGUGCAGAUGGGAGUAGUGAGGGCCAGCAAUAACUGUCUGAGCAACUGUGAAAGGGACUCCCGCUUACUGACAGCGGUGACACAGUGCUUGCAAAAGGGUUGGGGUUAUUUUAUAUUUGGCCUCUAGAGUUAACGUAUGUGGUUAAUGUGACUUGCUGGAAUAUUACAGCUAGGUAAACAUACAGGGUUGCAGGCAGCCAGCUUAAGUUCUGCUCAGAGUAAAUCCAUUAAAAUUAACAGACUUAAAUUAGUCAUGCCCGUUUGUUUGAGUAGGUCUUCUCCGAGUAGGACUAGCGUUGAAUCCAACCUAUAAUCUCUCCAUCAGACUGUGUAUAGAAAUCAUUAGCUAUGAAAGAACAGAGGUAUUCAAAAUCUUUACAGCAAAACGUUCUGGCUUCUGGUGCUCAUCACAUUAGAGAAGCUGAAGGUGGGUGCCAAAACGUUUUGCUUCAAGAUUUUGAAUACCUGUUCGUUAGUCACUGUAAUAAAGUAUAUGGUGUUGUUGGUGCUUAAUUACAUCCUUCCAGGACCCAGAGCAAACCUGUCUGAAGUAUGGUGUGAUGAUGCUUUUAAAAAACUGUGUUGUUGUGUGUCAUGCGUAACAUUUGACUCCGAAAAGACUGACAACCUGCUCUUUCCUUUCCCUAAUUACAGUGCUCUGGAGGCAUUAUGGCAGCAUUAUGCUUUUUAGGCUUUUUAGACCAUGCCCCAGGUUGAAGCAGAGCUGUAGGCAAUCUAAAGCAAAUAAAUAGGGUGUUUUGUCUCAAGGGGUGUAGGAAAACCUCCCCAGCUUUGGCGCUAAGAGUCCUGUUGAGCCCCCACGAGACUGGUUCAAAAGUUCUGUAUUUGUCACCUGCCACCAUCUAAGCACAUGUCUGACGCGCGUGUCCCCAGGCAUGAAUGAAGGUGACGUAGAAAAGCUUAGACCUCUUCGUCUCCAAGUGCUGGCAAACCUAUUUGCUUGGGUCCAAGUGGGGUGGCAGUAAUACGAUCAGAAUUGUGGGGGGGUUUUCCUGUGAAAAUGAUCAGGCACUAGAUGCUAAAGCUUUGUGGUGUUUGUUGGGCAGGCUGCCAUUGACCGCCCUUUGCUUUAAUCGCACAGAAGCAAAGUUUGCUAUGUAAACAAGUUUUAAGUCCUCCUUAUGUCCUCAAGAUACAGUCUUACAGGCUUUCCGCUCAACUGCUAGACUCUUGCCAGAGGAUACCAAGUUGUUGUUUUCCCUGCAUUAAGUUGAAGCUUAAGAUUGUAGCCUCUGCGUUCUGUCCCCCCGGGUGCAAAAUCCUAAUUGAAUUAUUCUUUUUUCCAAUCCUGUCUUUAAAUACCCUAAAGCCAAUAAUCCUAACCAGUGCAACCUGUUUAUUUAUUUAUUUAUUUUAGUUUCCCCCGCAGACGACUGCGUUGCUGGAUGAACAAAAGGUCUUUGCACUUUGGGAAGCUGGCGACAUGUACGAUCAGGUAAGCUGGUAAUUGGAGCUGUUGCUCCAGCAGAGUCCUGCCUAGAGCGAGGGACAUUGGCACCCGGCAGCGUUUACGCAUUUGCUCAACCUUCGUCCAGUCAGCAGCAGUGCACUUUCAGCUCAUUAGGAAAAAAGACUGGUCCAAGAGGCGGUUUUAUCCUCUGGGGCUCAGCGUACCAUCCACCCUUGAUGAUGUGCUGCUUUGAUCGUAUAAUUCCUCCUGGAUUAAAUGAUAAUUUUAGGUUAUAUUUUAGUGACUUAAGUUUUAAUUUAUAUAUAUUUUUAACUGUUGCUAAAUCUGUAUUGUCCCUGUUAUAAAGGUAAAGGGUAAAGGGACCCCUGACCAUUAGGUCCAGUCGUGACUGACUCUGGAGUUGUGGUGCUCAUUUCGCUUUAUUGGCCGAGGGAGCCGGCGUAGAACUUCCGGGUCAUGUGGCCAGCAUGACUAAGCCGCUUCUGGCGAACCAGAGCAGCACACGGAAACGCCGUUUACCUUCCCACCGGAGCGGUACCUAUUUAUCUACUUGCACUUUGAUGUGCUUUCAAACUGCUAGGUUGGCAGGAGCAGGGACCGAGCAACGGGAGCUCACCCCGUCGCGGGGAUUCGAACCGCCGACCUUCUGAUCAGCAAGUCCUAGACUCGUGUGGUUUAACCCACAGCGCCACCCGCGUCCCUGCCCCUGUUAUACCCAAUUGCAAAUUCAAAUGUAUCCCUAUUGUGUUUUAUGACUUCCUUGAUAUUGUAUGUGGGCUGGAACUGGCCUUUGACCGAAAUAAUAAAUUCAUUCAUUCAUUCCUCCUGCACAGAAAAUAUUCGCUCUGCCCCUCAAGCAGAAAGUCAUGGGGAAGGGCUGUGACUCACGGGUAGAACGUAUUCAAAAUCAUAAUCUGCUUUGCAUGCAGAAGGUUUCAGGUUCAAGCAUAUAAGGCAACUCAGUUGGUUAGAGUGUGGCAUUGAUAACCCCAAGGUCGCAGGUUCAAUUCCCAUAUGGGACGGCUGCACGUUCCUGCAUUGCAGGGGGCUGGUCUAGAGGAUCUUCAAGGUCCCUUCCAACUCUGCAAUUCUAAGAUUAUAAUCCCAGGCAUCUCCAGGCAGGGCUGGGCAAGAACCCUGCAUGAAAUCCUGGAGAGGAGACAAUACUCAGCUAGAGGGGCAGUGGUCUGGCUUGGUGUAAGGCAGCUUCCUGUGUAAGGUCCUAGUUUCAACCCUGGCAUUUCCAGUUAAAAGAGCCGGGUGGCAGGUGGUGGAAAAGACCUGAAGGACCCCUGCCAGUCAGGCAGGACGCAGGGAGGCUGGAGUCUGACUUGGGAGAGGGGGGCAGUGGUCUGUGAGGACCUGUGCCAGCCAGGAGGCAAGAAUCAGCGGCAGGGGAAGAGUCAGACCUGGAGGAAGAGGAGGAGGAGGAAAAGGCAGGCAAGGCAAGUGCUUCUCCACUCUCCCCUGCACCACUGUCUCCCAGACCCAGGAGAGAAUUGAAGUGGGAAGAGCAGAAACAGCUUCCAUGUAGGUGUCAUGUCUUGCAGUGUGAAUGCAGCCCAUCAGGGGAAGAAGGAACAUAAACUGGUCCAGGGGAGACGUCCCCAGUUGCUGCAACCGCUCCAUAAAGCAUGGACCUGAAAAUAGUUGCCUAGAUGCUGUUGUUGUGUUCCAGAGCAGUAGAAGCGACUUGGUUCCCUUUGACAAUGAAGAAUUAACACUCUGCUGUGUGCAUUCCUUGGUUGUGAAGGGCCAAGGAUGGUCAUACACCCUGGUUGAGCCCUAUGGACAUUGCAUUACUUCACAGUUGGCACAAACCAGGAUCUACUUUGAGCCGGACUUCCCAAUUCUGACUUUCCAGCUGGUUUCAAAUCGUGGUUUGUCCACUUAGGCACCUGUCAAGCCUUGCUGUGAAUUUCUGAACUGAACCGCUCUAAAAUUAGUGCACUUAAGUUGUUGUUUUUCUCGAUCUUGCUCUUCUGAUCAGUGCAGUGGGAUGAAUCCCUUGCAGCCGGCUGAGACUUGGCUAAGUCAGUUGUUUUGCAUGAUGCACUGAACAGAGCAAUCGGUUUCUCGAUGCUGAUAGACCUUCCUGCUGGUCCGGGAUUGAUUAGAAGGAAUCUGCUGAGAGGGGCAGUUUCUAUUCCUAAGUCAUCAAAGAGUGGUGCAAAUUAUACUUAUGCCUCUAGGUUUUGUUUUAUGCUGACAUGAGCUUUUUCUCUCUUGUUUCCCUCUUGUACUAACUUGAAGUUCACUCAUUCUCUCUCUUUCUCAAAGCACCGGCAAAUUUUGCUCGAAAUCUUUUCCAAAAACUACAGAGUGCGCAGAAACGUCAUCCAGAAUCGGCUGGCCCGGGAAUACGGAGAGGAACUAGAUAAACAGGAGAUCGAUAAAAUCUUGAAGGUAUAUAUUGAAUGGGAUGCGUGCAAGCAGUUUUAAAAGGAGACACUCAACGGGCCCCCUGUUAAUAGGAUCAGUCCCUCUCUAACCCAGGGAUGGUAACCUUCCAGGCUUAACUGGACUACGAUUCCCAUCAUCCCUGCCCAUUGGCUUUGCAAGCUGGGGCUGAUGGGAGCUGAGAGUCCCGCGGCAUCUAGAGGUCACCAUCCUUGCUCUUAAUUCAUUUUGCAAAUAGAGCUAGAGAGGGAGUAGACAGACUCUGGGAAAGAAGAGAGGUGGUUGGUAUUAGGGGUAUGAACGUAACAUUUGAUAGCUGACUUCUGCAGAGUCAAACCAUUGGUUCAUCUAAUAGCUUGGUAUUAUCUAGGCCAUGGGUAGGCAAACUAAGGCCCGGGGGCCGGAUCCGGUCCAAUCGCCUUCUAAAUCCAGCCUGCGGACGGUCUGGGAAUCAGUGUGUUUUUACAUGAGUAGAAUGUGUCCUUUUAUUUAAAAUGCAUCUCUGAGUUAUUUGUGGGGCCUGCCUGGUGUUUUUACAUGAGCAGAAUGUGUGCUUUUAUUUAAAAUGCAUCUCUGGGUUAUUAGUGGGGCAUAGAAAUUUGUUUUUGGUUUGUUUUCAAAAUAUAGUCCGGCCCUCCACAAGGUCUGAGGGACAGUGGACUGGCCCUCUGCUGAAAAAGUUUGCUGACCCCUGAUCUAGGCUGAUGGGCAGCUGGCAUCCAAAGUGUCCUACUUGUGUCUGGGAUUGAACCCAUGUGCAAUGCAUGUGCUCUACUAUUCAGAUGCAGCCGCUCCCUGAGUAUCUCUUCAGAACCUGUCCAUUCCCGAUUGUAGAGAACAGACCACUACCUGCUCUUUAGAUGCAAAUUUCUAAUGAUUUGCUAGAACGUGUUUACACACGUGUGUGUCCAGAUACUUGCAGAUGCAUUGAUGUCUGGGUGAUAACACACUUAGCUUUAUUACUGGAUUGCUUUGCUCAAGGCGAUUCCCAAAGGCCGCUGCCUUUUAAGUUUACUUUUAAUCCAUCGCCCUAAUUGCAUUGCAUAACUGACUUACAGCAGGUCUCUACCUGGGGCAUCUAUAUUGCUUAAGCUUUAAUUAAAAUCACCUUUAAAGAUUAUUUAUUAGAUUGGCCAAUUAAGCAGCCGAGCAAGGGCCAGCUGUGGUAUUGAGGCUGGAAGGUAGUGUUUGAAGCCCUGCAAAGCUUUGAAGUCCCCUUUUUCUCGAGCUGUGACCCUCUUUGCAGAGUGGCUGCUAUAGGUGCAGUCAGUUGUGAAAUGCUGUUUUAUAACAAACUAUAAAUAGCUACUGUUGGGUGGGAAGAAAUAAUAAUAAUAAUAAUUUAUUAUUUGUACCCAGCCCCUCUGGCUGGGUUUCCCCAGCCACUCUGGGCGGCUUCCAACAGAGACCAAAAAUACACUAAAAUGUCACACAUUAAAAACUUCCCUGAGCAGGGCUGCCUUCAGAUGUCUUCUAAAUAUCAGGUAGUUGUUUAUCUCUUUGACAUCUGAUGGGAGGGCAUUCCACAGGGCGGGUGCCAGUACCGAGAAGGCCCUCUGCCUGGUUUCCUGUAGCUUUGCUUCUCGCAAUGAGGGAACCGCCAGAAGGCUCUCGGCACUGGACGUCAGUGUCUGGGCAGAAUGAUGGGGGUGGAGAUGCUCCUUCAGGUAUACUGGGCCGAGGCCGUUUAGGGCUUUAAAGGUCAACACCAAAACUUUGAAUUGUGCUCAGAAACUUCCGAUAUUGCAGAUUUUUAGUGUAUGGUUCUUGGUUUCACGAAUUCUUGGAAAUCUUGCUGUUCCCAUCCCUAGGUAGGCUUUUAAUAACCCUGGAGGGUGGGGUCCCAUUGAUGCCCUCACACCUGUAGAAUAUUCUCGGAGUUCAGGGACCAUUUUCAACCCAAGGACCGCAUACACUGCUCUGCAACCUUCUGGGGGCCACAUACCGAUGGUGGGCAGUGCCAAGGGCAAAAGUAGGUGGAGCAACAAAUGUAAAUUACCUUCGCUGUCCUUUGUACCUUCUUUCCAGGCAAGCAAGAGGCAUUGGAAUUCAAGGUCACAUUCCAGCCAGGCAAAAACAGAGCAAACAGGGAGAGGCCAGAGGGCCAGAUAGAGAGCCCUGGAGGGCCACAUUUGGCCCUCAGGUCCAAAGUUGCCUAGCCAUAUUCCCCCUCACUUCCAAACUUCAGAGGUGAAUACCAGUCCUCAUAUAACCAGAAUGGGAUAUUCCAUGGAUAUAUGAGCAGGCUUUGGGGAAAACCCCUAAGGCUUGCACAAAUAAGGAUCCCCCAUCGGCAGAAGCUGAAAGGGCAUGCUCAGUGAAUGGUCAUGCUACGCUGGGCAGGUGGAACAGCAUAUUCCCAAAAAGGUACAGCUAGCUGGGGGGAUUCCUUAACUGGGGUGUGCUAUACACUGCAACGUUUUGUUUCAGAUCCCAAUCUAGUGUCUUAAUUUGACCGGUUUUGUUCUCUAGAUUUGGGAGCUGUAUAUAGCACGGGUUGGUGGGGAAGUUGAAAAGGAGACAGGCCAGAUGGCUGGAUGAGAACUCUGGGAGUGCAUGCGCUCUCGCUCUCUUUAAUCUGCAUUCAGACGGCUAAUUAGUUAAUUGCACCAAUUAGCGGAUUCAUGCUUUCUGGUCUCUAAUAGCGCUUCCAGCCAGGUAACGAGUUGCAAUGCUGUGUUGUGAUUGUUUCUGUAGGAGGUGGGAAAGGGGUGCCAAAUGAUUCCCAUUGGAAGUGUUACCAGGGCAGGUUGCAUUCUCUGAGGAUCCUUCUAGUUGCCUAGAUUGUAUCAACAGAAGUUGGCUGCAGGCACCAAAGCAGUUGCUUUUUCCAGCCAACAGCUCUUCUCUGUGGCUCCCCUGGGUUGCUGCCUCCCUUGAAGCUGCCGCCCUGUUCACCUCAUGGGGAACAAUGAGGGAAGGUCCUUGGAGUUGUGCAGUUUAGAGGAGCUUGGCAAAUAGCAAGGGUGGCAGUGAAUUACACACACACACACACACACCAUACCUUUUUUUUAACUGCUCAGGGCUGUUGAGAAUAAUGGCUUCUUUUAGUUUCUCAAAAGUACGUGUUGGAGGCACGUGUUGAGAAUCCUGGGUUCGUUGAAUGAGCAUUGACAAUCUAGUUAAACCCGCCAUUCCUAACCUUCUGGGGUCCACAGAUCCACUUGCAGUGGGUGGGGGGCUGAUUUCCUUCGGGUGACUGUGUCAAGCACAGAAAGGACAGCCUCCAUUUCUCCUCUAAGGAUGUAGAGCUGGGGAAAAGCAGGUAUCAAACCCACAGACUAGCCCUCCACUUGAGUUUUAGAGCUGGAAAAGCAGCAGGCAGAUUGAAGGUGCUCAGAAGUCCCCCUGAUGUUGUGCUGGACAGGGACAGGGCUCAGGUGACCACAGUUUUUGUUGGCUCCCAACAUCCGGCAGUUGCUGCCUCUUUACCUAUUUUGCAUUUCUGCAUCCUUGUGAAGUGUGCAAAUGGUAAAGCUUUAUAAAUAAGUUGACACACUUUAUUUAAAAAAAUGCUAUGCAGUGUAGAGUUUGUAAUGAAAAUGGUAAGAAUUACUGUAUUCCUUCCCCCACAUUCUUGGUAUUCUCAACUUAGAGAGGACAAUGGCUGCCUGUUCACUCUUCCCUCACCCCUCCACCCCACCUCACUGACCUUAAUUCUGGUGGUAUGCAAUUGGGGGCAGAAAUCUUCUGUUGCAAGUCUACUUUAGAAGAUUAUAACAAUACUUCUCAACAGCUUUCCCCUUUCUUCCAGGACUGCUGUGUAAGCCAGGGUGGCAUGUGGUAUCUUAAAGGGACAGUACAGCAACCAACAUCUUGA